GAGAAUCGAGUACUGUUAUCACGAAUAAUGAAUGAAUUAUAAUAAAUGCACUCGACGGCGAUGAUGGACGUCGAAACAGGUGAAAGUAAGACGUAAGUACCUAUUACAUAGAAGUAAUCUUCCGUUUUCUGUGCCUCUGACCGAGUAGGUUUUAGUGGUUUUACAAUAAUCAACCGUCGGACGUGCGGAGACGAUGAUGUGACGCGGUCACCGGGUUGUACGCAUCAUUACUCGGCGGAAUCAAAAUAACUUUCGUUCGCACGUCGUCCUCGUGUGCACACGGCAAUCGAACGGAAUUCAAUUUCAGCGUUUCGCCCCGCAGACAUGACAACCAAGCGGAGCACCCGGUCCGGGUCGAUCGAGUCGAAUUACAUACCCACGGGCUUGGCCAUGAGAUCCGAGACCAAAGGCACACUGCUGGUCAGGGACCCGACGACCGUGUCGAACAUAUUCUUGACGGUGUUGCUGUUCGCGUGCCGAAAAUACCUGUUUUUCUCGACGCACAAACGGCUGUUCGUGUACCUGAUCCUGCUGGUCGCCUCCGUAGUUGGCGACUUCAUCAGGUUCCCGAAGAUCUACUUCGCCAACAGCGACACGUUCCUUAACCAGUACCUGGUCAAGUUGGGUUGGUUUUGGACGUUGCUGUGGACGCUGUCGUUUCUGGUGACCACCAGCAAGGUGUUCUGCCUCAACUCGCGACCGACCAUUACCGUGCACGCCACUCGUCUGGUGGUAGCCACAUUUUUCUGGUACUUUUGGACAAACGCCUUCAAUCGACUCGAAGAUUAUUACGGCAAGUGUUCGGGAGGUAGAGGACUGACUCGAUCAGCGUGCAAGUCUGCUGGCCACCUGUGGAAAUCGUUUGACAUAUCUGGUCACGUUUUCAUACUCAUAUAUAGUACACUGGUGAUGAUUAGUGAAGCGAGGCCGAUCAUUGGCUGGGAUAAAAUUCAAGAUGUCUUGAGAAAUGAAGAGAAUGCUCGCAAAGAAGGCAAAAGCGUGGCUACCACAUUUAGCAGUCUGAAAGAAGAGGAACUGCAAGAGAUGAAAACUGUUUACAAAAAAAUGACCCCUUAUGUUCAAGUUUUAUUCAUAGUAAUCACAAUUUUUGUUGCUAUUUGGGAGCUAAUGCUCAUCACAACAAUGAUGUAUUUCCACACAAUGCCCGAAAAACUAUUGGCUGGCAUAGUGGCAAUGUCAACGUGGUUUGUGACAUACAGGGCCUGGUAUAGUUCAUCAUUUUUGCCUCCUCUGCCCGGUGACGGGUUCUUUAAAUAUCAAGCACUUCAAAAGAGUGAAGUAGGUAUUUAGUUAUUAUUACGGUGUCAUGACAAUAUAUUGGUGUUUUGUAUUUUUUUUCAAUAACAAAAUCUGUAUGUUUAUUUAC